AUGUCACGUUAUUUAAAAUUAUUAAAAUUCUUACCGGGUGCAUUGGUCCAUGGCAGUCGGACCACAAAAAAACGCGAGUUCUCGUUCAGUAGUUCGUAUUUGCAGAAAAGUCCAGAACGGAAAGCGCCCCAUUCGAAGAAGCUAGAAUUGCAGACCGAACAAGUGAAAGCAACUGACCGUGAUUUGGUUGAGUUCCUGACAAGAGAAAUCCUUGAGGAACGUCGCAUUCAGGGUCAGACAGAGCCGCCUAUUAGCGUCAAUGACUUUAGCAUCCUGUAUCGCGGAUCUGAGGUUGAGUUGACCAAGGAGUUGAAUAACGAGUGCAUUACGGUUUUCUUUAAUGUCAGCAAGAGUGUGCAGCGAAACGGCGAUGACGAAAAAGCUCCCUUGCGCAGUAAACCAAAAUUUGAGGUCCUCAUCAGACAUGGACAGACUUUGCUAUCCAUUUAUUGCAAGUUCCAGUCGACGGCAUUCGAAAGUUCUGAAGACAUGGCAUCCCACUAUCCCUAUACGGUUCCAAUAACCAAGCAGCAAGCGGUCGACAUAGCGUCGAAGGUAUACCAAAUACACGAGGUCUCCUUGUUUGAGCACGCUUGGAAUGAGCGAGCCUAUACUAUUGAAGCGUCCAUGAUCGAUAUGUCUUUGUACCAGCUGCUUAUGGAAAUGUUGGUGGAGAAGGGCAUCGAUAAGAAGUUUGCCAUCAAAAUUUCCGAUUUGGCUACAUUGCAUGAACAUAACUCGUACAUUGGGUUUCUGGAAAACUUGUCUAAGUUUGCCGUUGGCUUGCCACAGCCGAUCAAGAUAGAGGAGUAG